AGGCGCUGUCAGGUCUGCGCUUUAAGUGGGGUCUUGCUGCCGCCAUUUUGUGGUGUGCAGCGCGUCUGUGGGGGUCAGGCGAGAUGUUGGAGAAAUUUAUCGGACCCAGAUAUGUUCAGUUGAUAAAAAACUGGAUUCCAACAAUGGCAACAUGGGGAGGUGUUGGUUGUGUGGCACUGGUGUACAGUACAGAUUGGAGAGUAAUAGUUGACCGUAUUCCAUAUGUAAGGGGGAAAUUCAAGGAUGAAUGAAGCAGUCAUGUUUUAAUGGAUGUAGAUGAACAAUCGAGACAAGUGACCAAUGGCUUCAGACGUCAGGACAGUCUAAAUUUUUCUGAACUGAAAAUUUCUGUUUUUGAACUUUAAAGCUGAAGCAGGAAUCAUAAUUUGCAGCUUUUGAGUAUGAUUCUGUUAAUGUGAAGCAUACACUGCAUCCAUUUCAGCACGUAAAAUGUCUGAGGAUUCAGAAGACUGAGUUUUGCCUAAAUUACACCUUGAAUAUUUAAAAUAAAAAAAAAUCUGUAAUCUGUUGAUGAAUUUUGUUUAUAAAUUCAGUCGUUAGUCUCCUAUAAUCUUGGCUCUUAAGGGUAAUCAAGGAGUAGUAAAUCCAUAGAGUUAGUUAAUGCUGUAUCCCAGAGUUGGUAUCAGAUGCUGCUAGAUUUAAUGUAAUAUAUUUAAUUGAAAGGCAAUCCAAACUUCGCAAUGUUUAGAAAAAAAUUCCACACCUCAGUAUGUAUUGGGUCAAUUUUAAUUUUUUUUACUUAAUUUGUUAGCACUUAGGGUGCCUAGUAUCAAAAGCUACUCAAAACCCAACUUCAGCAAAAAAUAGAGUGCAAUUGUGCACUACUUUCAGAUAGUGCCAAACUGAGACAGAUCUCUAAUGCUUGAAAUUAAUGCAGAAUUAUAGCAAAUAUAAAGAUGCACAAUGAUUGUGGGGAGGUGGUUUGUCAUAUGUUUAGAAUCUACAUUCCUUUGCUAAGUAGCUUAGAAUCAUAGAAUCCCUACAGUGCAGAAAGAGGCAAUCCCCACAUUUCCCAUAUCUAACCCACCUUACCUACACAUCCCUGGACACCACAAGUCAAUCUAGUAUGUCCAAUCCAACUAACUUGCAUAUCUUUGGACUGUAGGAAGAAACUGGAGCACCUGUGGAAACUCUCAAAUGGGUGAUAUGGAGAGAAGGUGCAGGUGCAAACUGCACAGACGUUCACCAAGACUGGAACUGAGCCCGGCUCUCUGGUGCUGUGAGGCCCCAGCGUUAACCACUGACCCUGACCUCAACCUAAAAAUAAAAUGUGGAAAUUUGUCUUUGGGAGAACUUCUUCAUACCCAAUCACCAUUGUUCCAGUGGGGAAUCUGUCUGUUGAAGACCCAUCACUUUGUUUAAUUUAUUCCUGCAUGGAAUAUAGGCAUAACUGGCAGGGCCACCAUUUGUUGUUUAUUUCUGCAGCCCUUAAACUGAGUAGCUGGCUAGUAUAAUUCCCCUAAUUUUCUUCUGCAUGGACCUCUGAGACCUCUGUUGUACCACGACUUCCGGAACCAGAAGUGAGUGCUCCAAUCUGAUCACUGUGCAUCAAACUUUGGGAGCAGCCACGCAGCUUAUAGGGAAUGGUGCUUGUUAGGUCAUUUCAGAGGAUACUGAGAGUCAGAUGUAGGCCAGAUCAGGGAAGAACAUCUGCUAUCCUUACUUGAAAGAUGGUAGUGAAUUGAAUACGGUCUUGUAACAACUGAUAAUUUUGUGGUAGCCAUUACUGAGAUUGUUUAUAUUCCAUAUUUAUUAACUGAACUUAAAUUUUGCAACUGCUGCAGUGAGAUUUGAAACCAUAGGGUGUUAGCCUUGUCCUCCAUAUUACUACGCCACUUGAUGGCUCAAAUGGUGUCCAUUACUGUAAGUGUGCAUUGAUAAUAUUUGGAAUGUAAGCAAUUUGAGAAGAAAUAAAACCAAAGCAGCAAAA